AUGCCUCUGCCCCAGAAGAGUCCACAAUACUCAUGUGAUCGAUGCCUUCCAGCCCGCAGUGUGACCCAGGGCCUGGAGGAUGCAGACGACUCCAAGGCUCUGGAGGAGACCUGUCUCUCCUCCCAUCCUCUAAUGCCUGGCACUUCGAAGGAGGCUCCUAGUGUUGGUAUACCCAGCAACCCCGAGAAUCCUCAGAGUUUCUGCUCCUCUUCCAUUGCCAUCGCAACCACCUCAACAAGUGAGCUGAAUGAGGGCUCCGAUAGCCAAGAAGAGGAGGAUAGCACCUCAGGGGCUGGGCCAGAUGCCAAGAAUGUGCCUGUAGAUGCCCUAGAUAAGAUGGUGGCUUUGUUGGUGGAUUUCAUGCUGUUCAAGUAUCUAAAGAAAGAGCUCAUGACAAAGGCAGAUAUGAAGAUCGUCAUCAAAGGGUAUGAAGAGCACUUCGCUGAGGUCUUCCUGAAAGCCUCUGAGCGCAUGGAGGUGGUCUUCGGCCUUGAUGUGAAGGAAGUGGAUCCCAUCAACCACUGCUAUGCCUUCUUCAUCAAAUUGGGCCUCACCUAUGAUGGGGUGCUGCAUGGUAAAGAGGGCAUACCCAAGACGGGUGUCCUGAUACUUAUCCUGGGUGUGAUCUUCAUGAAGGGCAACAGUGCCACUGAAAAGGAAGUCUGGGAAGUUCUGAAGUUGACGGGGAUAUAUCCCGGGAGGAAGCACUCCCUCUUUGGGGACCCCAGGAAGCUCAUCACCCAAGAUUUCGUGAAGGGAAAGUACCUGGAAUACCGCCAGGUGGCCAACAGUGAUCCCGCACAAUUUGAAUUCCUCUGGGGCUCAAGAGCCCACGCUGAAACCACCAAGAUGAAAGUCCUGGAGUUUCUGGCCAAGGUUCAUGGGACUGACCCGAGUUCUUUCCCAUCUCAGUAUGAGGAGGCUUUGCAAGAAGAAGAAGAGAGAACCCGAGCCAGAAUGUCAGCCAUGGCUAUCUCUACUUCUGUGGCCACUGCAAGUUUGUAG